AUGUCUUCUCCAUUACAUACGGUUUUAAACGGCAAAAAUUGUGUGGAAAAGAAGAAAACAGCAAUAUCACGAGCACGUGCAACGGAUGAAGAUCUCGGAAAUAUUUUCAAUCCUCGAACAUACGUCGUUGGUUCUCACAAAUUUGCACGAGAAUAUCUACGCGAACGUUUAAAUCGUUCGAUUCUACAUGAAUUUAGCAUUGAUGAACAAAAGGCACGAAUCGAAUUAGCUGCUGCUUACCGUUUAGCUGCUAAAAACGGCUGGUUAGAAUCGAUUUAUAAUCACAUAACUUGCAAUGUAGAUGGACCAAACGGUGAAAAUCAUUUAUUAAUCAAUCCAUUUGGUCUAAAUUAUCGCGAAAUUACUGCAUCAUCAUUGGUGAAGAUUGAUUUCGAUGGAAAUACAAUUCAUCCAGGUGUUGUUGGCGAUAUCUUUGGAAUAAACAAAGCUGGUCUCGUUAUUCAUUCAUGUAUUCAUCGAGCACGACCUGACGUCCGUUGCGUGAAUCAUAAUCACAAUUGGGCUGUUGCUGGCCUUUCAGCAACGAAGAACGGUCUGAUUGAACUAGCACAAACAACACAUAUCACAGGAGAAAUUGCUUAUCAUGAUUAUGAAGGAAUUGUCAUUUCAAAUGAUGAACAAGAACGUAUUGUACGCGAUUUGGGAGAUAAAGACGUGAUGAUUCUACGUAAUCACGGUUUGAUUACAUGUGGACCAUCGAUUGGUGCUGCAUAUUACCAUGCGUAUACAUUGUGUGCAGCGGCAGAAAUGCAAACACAUGCUUGUUCAAUGGUUUUCAAUAAAUCGGAUUUGAUUAUACCUGAAGAUCGGUUGAUUCAGCUGAGUAUGGCGAUUGCGAAGAAUUUUAAUGAAACCUCGAUGGGAACCUUGGAAUUUGCUGCAGCAAUGCGUGAACUUGAUUACGAUCAAGAUCAUUCAACAUAUCCAAACUAUCGAAAUUGA